AUGGAGACUAAUGCACAAGAUGGGAAGAAAACAAGCCAGAUGAAACAGAUCGCUUGUGUGAAGAAAUGCAUAGCCACGAAGAAUGGCACUAGAAAUCCCUUCUCCUACGUUCGACUCCUCUUUUCUCUGGACUACACACCCACGGACGUGUUUCUCAUCAUCACGGGCCUCUUCUUCUCCAUCGCCUCCGGUCUUCCCUUCCCACUACUCGGUAUCGUCUUCGGUGAUCUGAUCAACGACCUCAACACAACCAGUUGUUCCUCGGCACCCAGCCAGACAACCGAUGUCUCAGGCGCCGUACGUCAGAAGGUGCUAUACGUGAUAUACAUCACAAUCGCCAAUUUCUGCUUUCUAUACAUCCACUGCAGCUGCUGGAGCUACGUCAGCGAACGCAUUGCCCGCCGCUACCGCCGCCGAUAUUUCGAGAGUAUCAUCAGACAAGAGACGGGGUAUGUUGAGAGCCUUCCCACAGGCGAUGUGAUCUCCCGGCUAGUGAGUGAUAUCGAGGUGAUACAGUCCGGUACUUCGGAAAAAGUGGGCAUCGUCAUUUCCACUGUCUCAUACUUCGUCACUUCAUAUAUUGUGGCAUUCAUCAAGGUCCCUCAGAUUGCGGGAAUGUUGGUUUCUGUGGUACCGUGCUACUUUAUCAUGUCAUAUGGUGGAGGCUAUUAUAUCAAGAAAUAUGCAGGACGAAUAACGGAACAUGUCAAUGCCGCUACUUCGAUCGCGUCGUCAAGUUUAUCACAUCUAACUCUCGUGCACGCCUUCAAUUCACACGAGCGUCUCGAGAGAUUGUUUGCAGCACACCUAUCUGGGUACCGCCUCGACGCUUUGAAAAAGGCCUUAGCCCACGCUAUGCAGCUUGGGCUACUGUAUUUCAUUGCCUAUAGCUCUAACGCGUUAGCUUUCUGGGAGGGAUCUCGUCUAAUUGCCGACUCGGUGGAAUCAAAUGGCUCAGGCGUGUCCGUCGGCGCAGUAUACACUGUCAUUUUUGUGUUGAUCGAUGCAUCGUUUAUUCUCAGUCAAGUUGCCCCAUAUGUGCACGUCUUUGCGUCUGCAGCAGGCGCAUCUGAAAGACUGAUGGUGGUUAUCAACCGGGAAUCCCAGAUCGACGGGACUUCAGAGUCGGGGGACAAAUCUGCUCCAUUCGAGUCUAGAGAUAUCACCUUAAACGACGUGCAUUUCACUUAUCCGUCUCGACCUGAUGCGCCAGUGUUACAGGGUGUGACAUUUUCCAUUCCACCCCGGAAACAUACUGCCAUUGUGGGACCAUCUGGAGGCGGGAAAUCUACUAUUGUCGCCCUUCUGGAAAGAUUCUAUGAUCCGGUGUCGGGGAAGAUAUGUGUAGGAGAACAGAACUUCUGUGAUGUGAAUGUACGGCAUUUGCGGGGAAAUAUUGGAUUCGUGCAGCAAGAGCCUUCCUUGUUGGAUCGGUCAAUUUUGGAGAAUAUCGCAUACGGACUAGUGACUUCGGCCAGCGAAAAGCAUCAGCAUUUAAGAGAAUUCAUUUCGGGUCCCUCUUUGACCAAUCUGGUCGCGAAAAUGCGCAGUGGAAUGACUGAAAAGGCUGCUCUUGUGGAAUUUGAUCCUAGGAUUGCUGAGAUCGUGGCCUUGGUCCGAGAGGCUGCUGCCAGCUCAAAUGCUCUAUACUUCAUUGAUGCCCUGCCAUUUGGAUUUGCGACGGGGGUGGGAUCAUCUGGUGGCCAGCUGAGUGGUGGACAGAAGCAGCGAAUAGCACUUGCGAGGGCGUUGGUGCGUGACCCGGCAGUUCUGAUUCUCGAUGAAGCGACAGCAGCUCUAGACUCGACCAGUGAGAGGUUGAUUCAGGAUGCGUUAGCUAGAGUAGCGGAACGCGUGACAAUAAUCUCUAUUGCGCACCGUUUGGCCACUGCUAAGGAUGCCCACAAGAUUGUAGUCAUCCAGAAGGGCCGGGUCGUGGAGGAAGGUUCUCAUGUAGAGCUAGUUGCGGCAGGGGGCUCGUAUGCUGAGAUGGUGCGGCUCCAGAACCUUGGGAAGCUGAGUCCUACAGCCAGCUCCAACCAUGACCCUAUUCAUGAGGUUCGAGAGACGAGCCAGACAUUCACCGAUACGAAAGAAGCAUUCCUUGAGGUGAGCAGUGCUGAUAUUACAGACGAGAUGUUACCUGCAUAUACAACCACUGCCAUAAAGGAGACGGAAAAGGAGCAGAGGAAACGGAAGAAGAAAGAGAAAAAGAAGCGCAAGCCAUCAGGAUGGUUCACUGCCAAAUUCACUUUCUCUAUCAUUCGUCCUGAUCUGCUCUACGUCCUUCUUGGCCUGGCGUUCGCAGUGGUCAUUGGCGGCAGCUAUACUGCAGAAGCAGUAAUCUUCGGUCAUACUGUUAGCGCUCUUAGUCCCUGCACUGGAGCUGAAAGUAUCCGCUAUAGCGGCCACCUCUACGGACUUCUCUUCUUCAUCAUUGCAAUCAUCGAGUUCUCAGCCAAUGUAAUUGCGGGCUGUGCAUUUGGCUGGGCUGCGGACAAGAUUCUAUACCGAAUGCGAAUCCUUUCUUUGCGAUUUCUACUGGGUCAGACCCUUCAGUGGCAUGGAAUGGAAGAUCGUACACCAGGAACCCUCAUCACCUACAUCACCGGUGAUGCAGCAGCACUAGGUAGCAUUACUGGCACUACAAUAGGCUUGCUCUUAGCCACAGCAGUGAACCUGAUAGCCGGCCUCGUGGUCUCAUUUGUCAUUGCUUGGAAGAUCACAAUUGUGCUUCUUCCAACAAUUCCUGUUCUUUUGAUAGCAGGUAUUAUGAAACUUCGAACCCAGGCCAAUUUUGCAGAACGACACCAGAAGGCAUUUGCACAAGCCACUGCUAUCACAAUAGAGGCUGUUGACAAUAUCCGAGCCAUCUCAGCAUUCUCCCUUGAGAAGCAAUCCUACUCUGUUUACGAGCGCGCACUUAAAGCUCCAUAUCAAGAAACGUUACAGUCCAUCGCCUUUGGCAAUAUAUUCCUUGCGCUCUCUUUCAGCAUCAGUGCACUCGUCUAUGCAUUGGCAUACUGGUGGGGUACUAAGCAGAUAGUUGCUGGUCUGUACUCCCAGACGCAGUUCUUCAUCGUGAUGCCUGCAAUUCUGUUCAGCACACAGUCCUGCGGACAGAUGUUCGCUCUUGCACCGGACAUUUCAAAAGCCGGCCUGGCUGCCUCGAACAUCACAGAGCUACUCACUACCAACUCAUCUGACGAGGAAUUGAGCUCCGAAAUCCCAGGAAAGAUUACCAGCUCCGGCUUGCAUCUCCUCGGGGAAAAGAUCACUGACCCCGAAGCAUUUCACCGCGAACAACAAAGUGCGGACUCAACUGGUCCACUCCCAGCCAUGAAAGGCAUCGGAGCUGAACUGCAGAACGUUCAUUUCGAAUACCCCUCAAGACCAGGAGAGCCUGUGCUCCGCGGAAUCAAUCUGAAGAUCAAACCUGGUCAAUUUUGUGCUUUAGUCGGACCAAGCGGGUCUGGAAAAUCAACCACCUUCGCCAUGCUGGAAAGAUUCUACCGACCCGAAUCUGGCGCCGUAAUAAUUGACGGAGUCAACAUUACCCGGCAACUAGGCACAGGAUUUCGCGACGAUAUUGCCCUCGUUCCACAAGAAAAUGUUCUUUUCGAAGGCACAGUCGCAUUCAACAUCGGCCUCGGCGCUCGACCAAAUCACGAACCAACACAAGCAGAAAUCGAGGAAGCAUGUCGCAUGGCCAACGUCCACGAGGUGAUCAUGGCACUACCACAAGGAUAUCAGACGCCGUGUACCCGGGAUGGCAGGCAGUUUUCCGGUGGGCAACGGCAGCGAGUAUCGAUUGCGCGUGCGUUGGUGCGUCGGCCGCGUUUAUUGUUGCUGGACGAGUCCACUAGUGCGCUGGACGUGGAGUCUGAAAAGCGAAUUCAGGAUGCACUUGCGACUCUUGCUGGUCAGACAACUAUUGUGGCGAUUGCGCAUCGACUUAAUACUAUCCAUCGGGCGGAUUGUAUUUAUCUUAUUGAAGAGGGGCGUUGUACGGAACAAGGAACUCAUGAGGAGUUGAUUGAGCGGAGUGAGAUGUACCGAACUAGCGUUAUUCAUCAGUCUUUGGAGACUUAG